AUGCCGGCAGCCAGCAACAGCUGCAAUGUCAUGGACCGCUGGAAGAUUGCCGGCAUGUCCGUCGCCGUUGUGAAUGGCGACGAUGUGUACUCGGAGGGAUACGGGUACGCCACCCUGCCGGACAUUCAGGCCACGCCAGACACCCUUUACUUUGCCGGCUCGACAUCCAAGGCCUUUACGGCCGCGGCCGUUGCCCAAAUGAUUGACAGCAAGAAUUUCUCUGUUCUUGAUGAUGGAUGGAGGACCAGCAUUUCUUCCAUCAUCCGUGAGGACUUUGUCAUGUAUGAGGACUGGUCGACGGAGCACCUCACACUCGAAGAUGCGGCCAGCCAUCGCACCGGCAUGCCCCGCCACGACACAGCGUUGUUCACCCACCACGACGACGGCAGCCCCGUGACAACCGCCCAGCAGGUGCAGAACUUGCGACACUUGAAGCACAGCGCCCCGCCGCGAACCACCUGGCAGUACUGCAACUACAUGUACACCGUCCUCGGCUAUGUCGCCGAAGUUCUCACCGGCAAAUGGCUGGGCGAUGUGCUGCGCGAGACAAUCUGGGAGCCGCUUGGAAUGACGGCCACGUUUGGCGACACGAAAGACGCCGUGGCCGCGCCGGAGCAUCUGGCCGCUGGCUACUACUGGGAUGCCGAAGCCAAGAAAUUCGUAGAAGCGCGUCUGGAUAGCACUAGAGAAUCAGGCGGUGCCGGACUCGUCAUAUCUACCGUCUCUGAUUACACAAAGUGGGCGCGCUGCCUGCUCGACCAAACACCGCCGUUUUCCAAGGCUGCACACACCGACAUUCGAAAGCCGCGGAUGCUCACGGACGACCUCGAGGGCGGGAAGAUGGGGGACGGCGACUUGACGUACGGAUUGGGGUGGAUGAAGAAGACAUACCACGGCGAAGUGGUGUGGAAGCAUGGCGGCACGGAGUUGCUGUACAGCACCCAGCUUUACCUGAUUCCACGUCUUCGCUAUGCGGUUACAGCCAUGGCCAACUCGGGUCUCGCCAACUCUGCCGAGGAUGAGGUCGUCUGGCGGCUGAUUGAGGACAAGUUGGGCGUGCCGCAGGAGCACCGCUACAACCUCACUCACAGCCUUGACGAAUACGAGGAGGCGCAGAAGAAGGGGCUGGCAGAGGUAGAGUCGGUCUUUUACCCGAACCUCCCAGACAAGAGACUUCCGUCUUCCCUCACCAACGAGCAGAUUGUCGGUCACUACUACGACCCAGGAUAUGGGACGCUGCGCAUUGUCGAGGCAGAUAUUGAUGGCAAGACACAACUGGUGGCGAACCGUACUGAACCCAUUUUCGCGCACGAGCUGCGCUUCAAGCACGUGUCUGGUAACUAUUGGCUGGCAGAUGCGUACGUCACAGACACACAUAGCAUCGUUGGCUCCUAUGCUGCCGAGUUUGAGGUUGGUGUGGACGGCGAGGCUUCGGGUUUGGCGGUGCAAAUGACGCCCAAGGGUCAGAUUGGCGAGCCCAAUGUGUCGUUCAAGCGGGUGUAG